AUGGUUUCUUCUUAUGGCACUGCCUCUAUAAUCCGAGGGGCUUUCUGGACCGCCGGCGUUGCCGUCGUGCUUGUUACUUUGUACCCUGUUGCCAUCAAAGUACAACGUCGUAGACAAAGCUUGCGCCCAGAUGGAAUCAAGGUUGUUCACAAUCCGUCAAACGCCAAUUUUGAAAUUGUUGCUGUCCAUGGCCUAGGUGCGCAUCCCGAGCACACCUGGGAGGGCAAAUCCACUAGCCAGGACCAUACAAAGUUUCACCUACUCCGAGAUUUACUACCACCCGACUUCCCAACCGCUAGAAUCCUGAGCUUUGCUUACAACUCCGACUGGCUAGUCGAUGCGCCCGAGAAGACAGCUCAACAAAUCGGUCAAGAGCUGGUGAAUGGACUUGCGGCCCACCGAGGCAAAGAAAAACAAGUAGGAAGUGUGUGCCCUCCACCAAACCUUCGGCGGCAUUGUUAUAAAGGAGGUACGGCCCCUGCGCUUUAUCAGGCUUUCCAGCAUCUAAUGUCUUUACUCAAGGCUCUUUGUGUCGCCCAACCGCAUAUGACAAUCCGCGAUGACACAUGCGGCAUCGUUUUUCUUGGCACUCCACAUCAGGGCUCGUCACUGUCAACUGCAGGAGCUCUCGUGGCCAAGUUGACUGGGUUCCUCGGCUCCAACACUACGCUGCUUCUCGCGCUGCGAAGCCGUGGAAGCCAGCUUUUAAUUCUGGAACGUCGGUUUCGGCGUCUCGUCAGCGACCAGAAACGAGACUUUAUAUCGAAGAUCAUAUCAUUUUGUGAGACAAAGCCUACAUUCGUGCUUGGAUGGUUAUCUGUCGGCCUCGUUGUUGAUCAAUCCUCGGCCAUGGGCUACGCAGCAAAGCCUAUCGACGUAGACACCGACCAUUCUGGGUUAAACAAGUUCAGCAAUCAUGAAGACCCUGGGUAUCGUGCGAUCAAAAAGGCCAUAGAGGAGCUCAGAGAACCAUCUCUCAUCGAGCAAGCUGAUGCCUACAUACGCAACGAGCACUAUACCGAGCAGAAGCUCAAGAUUGAGCGGCUCUCAGGGGAUCCCUUACGAAUGGAUCAAUGCUAUAUCAAUCUUGCGCUUGUGGAGCUGCAACGGGUAGACAGCUCGGAGCGCAGAUCUGAAGAGCCAGGGCUAUGGUCUUCACCAUUCUCCCUGUCUGAUCGGCUGAAGGUAGAAACUCCGCACGAGGACCUUCAGGUAAAGCAAGCGAAGCUCUUCGCGUCACGCAAACUGCAAGACGGCCGCACAAAAGAGCCGAGAAGAAUACUGAUUCGAGGCCGCGCUGGAGUUGGGAAGACCACCCUAUGUAAGAAGAUUGUCCACAGCUACGUCCACGAAAGCAUGUGGCGAGGCUUGUUUAGUCGCGUGGUCUGGAUACGACUGCGCGAACUAAAGGGUUUGUCUGACAAGGAAUAUAAUAUCGGCGGAAUAUUCAGGCAUAUCUUCUUUCAGCAAUACGCAGGCGACAAUUGUCUCCACAAUAAAUUGUCAACCCAUAUAGAGAACACGAAAUCACAAGACACCCUCUUUCUUCUGGACGGUCUGGACGAAGUCACUGAAAUUGUCAUGGAGCAUAAACACAAUAAGUCUCAUUCAGGGCACGAGUUCCUUAUAGGACUGUUGAACAGACCCAACUUCAUCAUCACGACUCGGCCUCAUACCGCACUCCCCUCUCAAUUUCAACGGCCUGAUAUCGAGCUGGACACCAUCGGUUUCUACCCAGACCAAAUACAGAAAUAUAUCGAAACAGUCAUGAAGGAAAGUCCCACGAAUGCUAAGGCUAUCCAGUCGUACCUUCAGAAGAAUCGCUUUAUGCAGAGCCUCGUCCGAAUUCCGAUUCAGCUGGACGCACUCUGCUACACAUGGAACCCCAACUCCAAGGCUAUCCGGGAGACAAUGACUGCCGUCUACGAAGACAUCACACAGCAGCUGUGGAGCAAGGACAUUGAGAGACUCGAAAAGUCAUCAAUGGUCGGAACUAGGAAUCCGGCGGAAACAAAGAAUGCCGUCUUAGGCGAAAUCGGGAUUCUUGAAUACAUGGCCUUCAGUGGGAUGUGCAGCAACAUCAUCGAGUUCCAGCCGGUUCAUCGCAAUGCUCUAUACCAGCAUAUCAAGCAGCAUAAUCCUAAGUGGACUCUCGAUGAGACAUUUGGACGUAUGUCAUUCCUACGAACAUCCGACCCUUCGGCGCAACAUUCUAACCAGAGUUACCACUUCAUACAUCUCACCUUCCACGAGUUCUUUGCAGCAAAGUAUUUUGUACAGAGGUGGAAGGAUGGCAACAACCUCAAAUACAUGGACUUCAGCCUCAGAGAGGACGGAUGUUCAAAAAACAUUUCUCCCAUCACUUUCCUUCAACAACACAAGUAUAGCGCACGUUACGACAUCUUCUGGCGCUUCGUUGCCGGACUAUUGAAUUACGAAGGGAAAGACGAGUCAACUAGCUUCUUCAAGGCAGUCGAGAGAAAGCCGGUCGACCUCCUGGGGCCCACGCACCAGCGGCUGGUCAUGCAUUGCUUAAGCGAGGCUGUUUCCUUGCCAGACGGGAUGCGGGCGAAUAGGGAGAGACGACUGAAGGAAUGGGUUCUAUUCGAAAGCGACUUCACGAGAUCAUCAAAGUUCACGAGAGAGUCAGAGCUUCCAGACGGAGUCCUGCAAGGUGCCUUAUCCGCUUCUCAAAACAAACGCACCAUUUUGGACAGCCUGCGAAACUCUGGGAGAUAUAUGUCAAAAACAACCAUGAUGGCCCUUGUGGAACUUUUGAAGGACGAAGACAGACGCGUACGAUGGUCCGCCGCUGAAGCUCUAGGCAAGCAGUCGACCCUUUCAGAGACGACGAUGACUGCCAUUGUGGAACUCUUCAAGCAUAAGAACAGCGACGUACGAUCUUCCGCCGCUUCAGCUCUAGGCACCCAAUCCAACUUGAUGGACAAGGUCCUGAACGCCUUAGGCCUAGUAAUCCGAUCCGAAUCACAAGGCGAUACCCAAGCUUCUGGUUUUCGCUAUCCUCAACAUAUAGCACCUCUUUAUGAGAGUUUUCUAUGGCGAAGUUUUCAGGAACAAUUCAGUUUGUUCAUCGCCGAUACCCUCUGUAUAGUUAACCAACCGUCCGGACUCCGAACUGCUAGUCUCAGAGACAGCAGUCAGGUGCAGACUGCUGUUCAGAAUGGACGAUGUCACUUGGGGAAUCUUGAUGGUUACAAACUAUGGGACACUUUUGAGAGAGAAGAUGCCUAA